GUCCAAUGGCUUCUUCAUUGGAGAGAAAAAGCCAUCCCAAAAUAAAUCAUGCUGAGCCUGAGGAUGAAAUUACAAAGGAAGAGGAAGAUGAAAGCUUCUGCUAUGCCAUCCAGCUGGUGGGUUCUUCUGUGCUGUCCAUGUCUCUGCAAUCAGCAAUUGAGCUUGGCGUUUUUGACAUCAUAGAAAGAGAGGGCCCAGGAGCCAAGCUCUCUUCGUCUGAGAUCGCAGCCAAGAUUGGCACCAAGAAACCUGAGGCACCCAUGAUGGUGGAUAGAAUCCUCAGGCUCCUCACCAGCCACUCUGUUCUUAAUUGCUCGUCUGUUGCUGCUAAUGGUGGGUCUGAUUUUCAGAGGGUCUACAGCCUUGGCCCCGUGUCUAAGUACUUUGUGAAUGAUGAAGAAGGUGGUUCUUUGGGCCCCGUGUUGACAUUGAUUCAAGACAAGGUCUUCAUGAAAAGCUGGACUGUCUUGGCAUGGAUUAUACUUAUGGACUGUCUUGGCCUGUCUUGGCUUGGUCUAAGUUGGAUAACACUUAUCCGGCGUUUGGUGUAUACUUGGCACUGCCUAAAGCUGUUGAAGAAUUGUUACAAAGCUAUUCCAGACAAUGGAAAAGUGAUUGUUGUGGAAGCACUACUUCCAGCUAUGCCAGAUACUAGCACUGCUGUGAAAAGCACUUCCCAGUGUGAUGUGUUAAUGAUGACUCAAGUUCAGGGAGGGAAGGAGAGGAGUGAACAAGAACUCAUGGCCCUGGCAACUGGUGCUGGAUUUAGUGGCAUCAGAUAUGAAUGUUUUGUCUGUAACAUUUGGGUUAUAGAGUUCUUUAAGUAACCAAGGCAUAUGAAAACUCAUACACUAAAAUGAAAGUGUCAAGGCUCCAAGCCUAAUAAAAGAUUGGCAAAUGUUUCUUAUCUAUAAGCAAGAAAAUAUUUCAGACUUAGAACUGCACAUAAAGUCUGCAGAUUAUUUUACUUAAUUUACUUUGAUCUUUCCCUUCUAAAGUUACAUAAGAAACGUAAUGAUAUGAAUUACAAAAUGAAGACAAAGUACAUUUAUAACCGUGGUUAGAAUAAGCUUAUGCAAACAAAAUGAAGAAUGUUCGCAUAUUUACGAACA